AUGUGGCUCCCUGCCCUCCUGGCCGUCCUGUUGGGAUGCGUCCAGGUCCAGGCUAAGGCAGUCUUUGCCCAUUUUAUGGUCGAAAAUGCUAAACUAUGGAGCGUAGACCAGUGGAAGGUCGACAUCAAGCUGGCUCAGGCUGCCCACAUCGACGGUUUCGCUCUCAACAUUCGAGCAGAUGACACGACUCUGGGCAUGUCCCUGAGUCAGGCCUUCCAGGCGGCCGACGACUUGGGGUUUAAGAUGAUCUUCUCGUAUGACUACGCCGGCGGAGGGCCCUGGAGCGCUAACCUCGUCGUCUCUAUGACGCUGCUCUAUUCCGGUUAUAGCUCGUACUACAUCGACGACAAGGGGCGGCCUGUCGUAUCUACAUUUGAAGGAGCACCGCAGGCCGGAGACUGGGAGUAUAUCAUCAAAAAGACCAACGCCGCUUUCAUCCCCGACUGGUCGUCCCUCGGGGCCAAGGCGGCACUUGACGCUGCCCCUUGCGUGCCGCACGGCCUUUUCAGCUGGGCGCCCUGGCCUUGGGGCAACACCGACGGCAACACGUACGUGGAUGCGUCGUACAUUGAGUUUAUAGAGGCGGCCGAGAAGAACUGCGGCACCGAUAUGCAAUACAUGAUGCCGGCGAGUCCGUGGUUCUACACAAACCUCCCGGGCUACGACAAGAAUUGGCUGUGGAGGGGUGACGACCUGUGGUUUGACCGCUGGGAGCAGAUUCGGUUCAUCAACCCCGACUACGUCGAAAUAGUCUCGUGGAAUGACUUUGGCGAGUCCCACCACAUCGGUCCCCUGUACGUUGAGGGGGACAGCUACGAGGCCUUUACGGUCGGUAAGGCGCCUUUCAACUACGCUUUGGACAUGCCCCACGACGGCUGGCGCGAGCUGCUGCCCUUCACCAUCGACCUCUACAAGACGGGGGUGGCCACCAUCAGUCAGGAGAAGCUCGUGGCGUGGUACCGGGUCACGCCCAAGAACGCACCCUGCGACGACGGCUGGACGACGGGCAACACGGCGAGCCAGCUACAGUUCGAGUUCACACCCCAGGACGUGGUACAGGACAAGAUCUUCUACUCAGCUCUGCUCGCUAGUAGCCAGGCCGUCACCGUUACCGUUGGCGGCGUGGACCUCGGCGCAACGUGGACCAAGAAGCCCAGCGGCGGUGCUGGCAUCUAUCACGGCAGCGUCGACUUCGGAACCCACACGGGCGCCGUCGUGGUCACGGUCGGGUCGAUGACGGUCGACAAGCGGCCUAUCAAGGCGAGCUGCGACGACACGAGCGGAUACACCAACUGGAAUGCCUUUGUGGCCAGCACCACGGGAGAGGCCGUCAGCACGACGGUCAACUCAACGCAGUGGGUGUGUAUCGAGGGUACUGCCGCCGCUGGCUUCGAUGAGCUCUGCGCCUUCACUUGUAAGUACGGCUACUGCCCCGUCGGUGCGUGCCUCUGCACCAAGAUGGGGCCCGGUAACAGACUCCCUGGCCCGGACACUCCCGGAUUCGGCACUGUGGGCUUUCCGGCCGAAGGCAGGUCGGCCAGCUACUGGGGCCUGUGUAGCUUCGCCUGCAACUACGGCUUCGGCUGUCCCAACACCUACUGCGACACGGUAGAGCACCCCCUGGUCGUCCCCAACGUCUCGCCCUUCACUCCGGACGCGUGUACAUCGGGAGUCGGCGAGGGCGGCCUCGGGGGCCUCUGCGGGUUCUCUUGCAACUUUGGCUUCUGUCCCAUCCACUCGUGCACCUGUACAUCGACGGGGCCUCUGAACGUCCCGCCGGCCCAGAGCGACACCGUCACUGGUGAGCCCGACCCGAGCGUCGACCAGCGCGUCUUCGGGCCUCUCUGCGAGUUUGCCUGCAGCCGUGGUUACUGCCCCGAGGGUGUCUGCGUCCAGACGGAGGUCGACGGCAACGAUCCCUACAAGAGCGUCAACCCGGCCUACAUUGGCACCCGCGUCUACGAAUCCCCAACGGCAGCUUGCGAGAGCCCCUGCGUGCUCGUUCUGCCCCCGAGCAAGCUCCCAUCCACUACUACUAUCCACCUCCCUCCGUAUGUGACCUCGUUUGAGGUGGGUUCGACCACUACAACCCUUACGCUCCCCCCCUCCGACAUCGUGACCGACCGCAUCUCCUUCUCCAACAUCAACAUCACCGGCUCCGUAACGGACGGGGUCGUUUUCCCUAGAUGCACGAGCAUGAAGCCCGACGCCGUCCCCAUCACGCUCAGCUACGUGUCCAACUCCAAGACCACCAUCACCAUCCGCCAGGUCGAGCUGCCGCCCUGGCCCCAGAUCACCCAAGGCCCGCCGGACAAGUGGACAUCGACGUGUGGGGGGUGGGUGACGGGCACCAUUACAAACAGCGACGAUGUGAUCGUGUACAUUCCGGAACGCACUAGCACCACGUCGACCCCCAUUCCGACCUACACCAAUGGCAUAUUUCCGCCUUCCCGCGUCGAGCCCAUCGUUGAGCCCAUGGACAGCCAAUGCCGCAACAACGAAUGUCCGCCAGAAAACGACGACGACGAUGACGACGGCGACUACGUCGUCGUCAAGGUUAGGUGUGAUGAACUGUGGUUCUUCAUCUUCUGCAUCGACACCAAGGAUAUCAAGAUCUAUGGCUGGAAGUUUACGUUUCCCAAAUCCGUUCUUGGACCCGGUCCUCCCCCGGCGCUCAAACUUCUCCCCGAGGGAUGGGGAUUCAUUAAACCCCCCAACCCCCCUCCCUGGCCCAAGAUCACCAUCGGCCCAGGUCUCAGGUAUCCAGACAAGCCCACCAACUGCGACGACAACAAACUCGAGGUCCCCGUCGAGAUAUACACGAGAUCGUACGGCCUAUCCGUGUCCAACGGCGUCACGAAUACACCACCACCGCCGCCUGCACACUCGGGAGCCGCAACUCCAAGCGACAGACCGCCCUCUCUCGGCGCCUCCUCCCCGGUCGCGACCGCAACCCCGGCCGCCACUGCCGUUCAUGCUCCCCCCCUCGCCGCCCGUGCCGAUGGUGAUAGUGAUGACGGUUGCGAGGAUACGGCCAACGCGGCGAUUUACUUCACCGACGGAGCCGAGUACGGCAAUAUCUUGGACGUUCUGCUCGAACUCGGGCUGAGCGGCUUGACAUACCAUCAGUUUGAGCACAAAUCUCUUGGGACCGUCUUCAUCUACGUCGAAAAUAGCCCGCUAAGCUUCUUAGCCCAAUAUUAUGAUUAUGGACGGGGUCUGAACGCUAGAAGCGCCGGAGCUGGACGGGGGCAGGCCUACAACAGGACCAUUUUCGACAAGAGAGCGGUCACCAACCCGAGCGUAGACAAUAAAGACAGCUGGCACCGUUCCCUGGUCUCGAGCUACCCGGGUCAGGAAUGGAACGUCGAAGGUGACGGCUCCCGGCACCUGUACUACCAUGAUGGCAAACUGGGCGAAGGCCAGUACAUUUACAACAUGGACGCGGGGAUCAACGGUAACAGCGAGUUUUCCGGCGCAAACAUUGCCUAUUUCGACCCCGAGUACAGCAUCAACAACGGCAUCGGGCUCAACUCAUACGACCACGGCACCCAGGUCGCCCUAUAUGCCAUCGGCCAGUCGCUCGGGAUCGCGCCUAGGGCAACUUUGGUUUUGAUGGCAGACGACGGCACCAUGGACCCGGACGAUGACCAGGCCAGCGACGAGAUAGUAUCCACUCUACCGUUAAGGGUUUACGCUGACGCGGUCGUGCAGUGCGGAUGCUCCGUCAUCUCCACGACGAGCUCCAUCCCGGCAUCGUGGUUUCUCGACGGCCAGCUCCCCGACUUGGUGGUGGCCGCGUCCGCCUCCAAGCAUGGCCUCCGUGCCAUGCAUAGCGUCCCAUGGAGCGACCACACUGACACCGGCAUGGUCUACGGCCCUGGUCUGAACCUCUACCAGAACGGUGGCGAGCUCCUGCACGGGACCUCCCUGGCCGCUCCUAUGAUAUCAAGUGUGGUCGCGUAUCUCCGCGCUCUUGACUCGCCUUUCGCCAACGAUCUGAGAAACCCGGUAUUCGCAGUCAAGAUGGUAGAAUACUUGGCUCGCAAGGUUCGCGUGAUUGAUGAUACCGGGACUAUCGACUCGGAUGAAGAGCAAGAGGGGUUCCAUGCCAGGAUCAUCUGGAAUGGAAACGUCGAGAGCGAGAACUGCCUCGUCGGCUACGGCGGAGAGUUUAGGUCUCCCGAGGCCAAGUCCGUUUGUGGGGAGGUGAACAAAGGCCUUCCCCAGCCAGGCGACACGGAGAACUGGGUCCCUGAUGGCGAGGUGACCGAAGACCUCUGGAAUGGGGCCUCCAGCAACCGCGGCGCGAUAACUUGGCACUCGGGCUCGGUCUCACCAACCUGCACAGCCAACUGCGGCAAGCUCUGCACCGGCUACUACUGCGUGCCUCAACCCACCGGCAGCCCGCCCGACUUCUCCGACCCCGUCAACGCCAUCACCACCAGGACCACCUCCCCCACAACCAAAGCCACCACCACCAAGGCCACACCGACAGGCCCCCCGCCGACGCCGCUGACGCGGGGCGGCGUCAACUGCUUCAACGAGGCCGACUUCCCAGGCCACGCCGACAUCCAGUCCGGCGACCAAAACACAUUCUCGGUCGACUUCAGCAGCCUCGGCGACAUCACCAUCGGGGCGGGCGACGCGCCGGUUCGGCUCCGCCGCACGGAUCGCCACGGCGUCAACUACGACUUCCGCGCCGAGUGGGUGGCCGGAUGCGUGACGACCGUCGAGAGGCAGAGCUUCCGCUUUCCGCUGGGCAUGAACCAGAGCCAUAUCACGGCGUACUUGUUGGUGAGGGAGGAUUAUACCAAGUGCAAUAACGGCGGUGUUGGUGGCUCGUGCCAGGCUGGCUGUUUGUUGUACACCUUUGAGGGUGGGCGAGGCGAUGAAGGGACCGAUCCUUGUGCCGAUUUCAACUGCAAUGCGUGCGGGUCCCCGUUUGACCCUGCUUCGUGCCGGUCGUGUUGUGGGAGCUUCCGAGUAGCAGCCACGCCGUCAGAGUAUCCCCCUAGCAAUCAUAGUCACUAUGUGGUGGGGGAGGACGGCGGGGUUGUUCUCGAUGAUCUGGCGAGUACGGCUAAUGUCGGGGAGAAGAAGAGGAGAGGAAAAAGGAGAGGGGGGAGAUUCGCUGCCCUUGAACGCGGUGGUGUAGUUCAGGGGUAA